CAAUUGUUCAAAAAAAAAAAAAGAGUGGUCUUCAAAUUAUUGAACGUGAAAAAGUCACAAGAAAGUAUAUUUUUAUAAAUAUUACUAGUUCAACUGAAUGAUUUCUGUUAAUUUAUUUGUUUUUAGUGGUGGCAUGUCGGCAUUUGAUUUGCAACUUUAGUGCGUCUAAUAUUUUUCCAAAAUUUAAAUAUAUAAUCAAAUUAUUGCUGUUAGUGAUAAACUUUUGUAAUAGUCCAAAAUAUAGCUUUUAAUAAAUAAAUAAAAUAUAGUCAUGUUCUUUUAAUAUAAUCUCACAUUUUCAGCUAAAGCAGCUUUCUUUCUGUAUUUUUCCAAAAUAUCACUAUAUGUACGUAGAUAAAUUAUUUUUUCGUCAUAAAUCUUUUUAUACAUAACAAUAUGAUGUCUUAUGUUAGAAAAUGACGAGACAAAAAAUCACAUAUUUUUGCGUGCCCCUCUGCUUGUACGGUCUGGUUAGGUCAUCGGCAAACUGCCGGGUUAGUUCACUUUGGGAGACUGGUAUGACACUCUUCACUCUUUGCAGAAUACAAGAUUAUCGUCCAAUGAUCCGGUGCGGGUUCGAAUGAUUUGCGAAAUAAAAAUCUAACCACAUUUUGAAAGAAAUGAAUGGUCAAAUACACCAUCGAGGAUGGACAACUAUCGAAUAACUAAAGAAACUUAAAGACAUAGCAAUUUGCAGCAGAGUGGUCUCACUCAACUGCAAAGUUUCCCCAAGUUCGAAAAAUGCUUUGAAGUGGUUUAAGGCUUUUUCUUUUCUGAUUAUUAAGCUUAAAGUAUCGAUAUGAUUUGACCCCAAAAAAAUUAUCGAUAUGAUAAGUGGAUGAAUCCUGCUGAUGUUUGAUUUUCAAACCUAGACAUGUUGUUCUUUUUAUACAUAUAGCAUUCUCUAAAGUGAUCAAUAAAUUUUAUUUAAAAAAAAAUGUAUACUUGAAAAACUAAAAAACAUAAAAGCAUAUGCAAUGUAAAAUUCAUUUUUUUUUCACAAUGGAGUGAAAUGAAAUAUGAAAUUAAAAUGCUCUAAUCCUACUCCAUAGUGGAGUAAUGAUGGAGUAAUGAACAAACAAAAAAUGGAUUACUCCACUUAUAUAGUAAAUUUCAUUGUGCAGUGAAAAAUAAAGUAUGGGUGAAGUAUCAUGUACUCCAUAUUCCAUUUUACUCCUUCUGUUUCAAAAUAGUUGAUGUUUUGGUUAAAUGCACAAGAAUUAAGACAUUCACCUUUUAUCUAAAAAGUAGCAUUAAAAAUAUAAAUAAAAUUAAUUCAACCAAUCAUAAAAAAACUAUAAAACAUCAUUGGUCAAACAGUUCUCAAUAAAACUAAAAUUAAUAUAAAAUAUCAAAAUAUCAUGUAUUUUGAAACAUUAUAAACUCUCAAAACAUCUUCUAUUUUGAAACGGGGUGAGUAUAUUUUAGAAUAAAAAAAUAGAAUGGAAUUGGAGAUGCCCUAAAUAUAAAUAUCUAAAAUAUUGGCUUUUGGAUAUUAUAAAUUGUAAAAUAGUUUCAAAUUCAUAAAGGAAACUAGAACAAGAACAGUGUAGAUUUUUAAAUAGAUAUAUAACUAUAGAUUUGUUUAACUACAUUGCUUAAUUAUAUAUUUCAUAAAGUCGAGAGACCCUCUAAAUCAGCGAGAGACUCAGCCAGCUGUUCCCAUUUGUAAAAGCCCUUUUUGUUUGUUUUAUUCCUUCCAUAAACCCUCCCUCAUCAAAGUCUGCAAACUGGUUAAGGAUUCUUCUCCAGUGAUUGGAUUCAAGUUCUAUCUCGUAAGGAGUUUCAUCGCUGCUUCAUUUGAUUUCGAAAGGCAUCAUUUUUGAAGUAAAUGGGAAGCAAAGCGAAGAUGUUCAAGUGGUCAAAAGACAUCACACCUUCACAGGUUAUCAAACUGAUGCGAGCUGAAAAAGACGUGGAGAAGCUGAUCUCCGUUUUCGAUUCCGCAACAGCAGAAUACGCAAAUGGGUUCUUACACGACCAGAGCUCUUUCAGUUACAUGGUCUCGAGGUUGGUCUCCGCCAAUAAGUUCAAAGCAGCUGAAGACCUUGUUGCAAGAAUGAAGAUUGAGAACUGUGUUGUUACUGAAGAUACAUUGCUUUCGAUAUGCAGAGGGUACGGUCGAGUUCACAGGCCGUUUGAUUCUUUGAGGGUAUUUGACAAGAUGAAGGAUUUUGACUGUGAUCCUAGCCACAAGGGUUACGUGACUCUUCUUGCUAUUCUCGUUGAAGAGAAUCAGCUGAAACUGGCUUUUAAGUUUUACAAGAACAUGAGAGAGAUUGGUUUGCCUCCCACCGUUGCGUCUCUCAAUGUUUUGAUCAAAGCUCUUUGUAGAAACGAGAAGACGGUGGAUGCUGGUGUUAAGAUAUUUCUCGAAAUGCCUAAACGAGGGUGUGAACCUGAUUCCUACACGUAUGGAACUUUGAUUAGCGGUUUGUGUCGGUUCGGAAGGGUAGAUGAGGCGAAGAAUUUUUUUGAGGAGAUGGUUGAGAAAGACUGUUCACCAACUGUUGUUACGUAUACCUCUAUGAUUCACGGUUUGUGUGGAUCGAAAAACGUUGAGGAAGCAAUGAGAUAUCUAGAAGAGAUGAGGAGUAAAGGCGUCGAGCCGAAUGUUUUCACUUACAGUUCUUUAAUGGACGGUCUUUGCAAAGAUGGGAGACCUUUGCAAGCCAUGGAGUUGUUUGAGACGAUGAUGGCUAAAGGAUGCAGGCCAAACAUGGUAACCUAUAGCACUUUGAUCACUGGUCUCUGUAAGGAGCAGAAGAUUCAAGAAGCCGUUGAGCUUCUCGAUAGAAUGAAUCUUCAGGGUUUGAAACCUGAUGCUGGAUUAUACGGGAAAGUAAUCAGUGGGUUCUGUAGUGUCAGUAAGUUUCGUGAAGCUGCCAAUUUCCUCGACGAGAUGAUCCUUGGAGGAAUAACUCCAAAUCGUUUAACUUGGAACAUCCAUGUUAAGACGAGUAAUGAAGUAGUCCGAGGUCUUUGUGCCAGUUAUCCAACUCGCGCGUUUACUCUUUAUCUAAGCAUGAGGAGUAGAGGCAUCUCUGUUGAGGUUGAGACACUAGACUCUUUGGUGAAGUGUUUGUGCAAAAAGGGUGAGUUUCAGAAAGCUGUUCAGUUAGUUAACGAGAUAGUGGCUGAUGGGUGUAUCCCAAAUAAAGGAACAUGGAAGGUACUAAUAGGUCAUACAUUGGACAAAACGAUUGUAGGAGAAGCUUCAGAAUCUCUUCUCAGAGAUUUGGAGAUCUAAAUACAAGAAAGAUUAGAUGAAGACAGCUGAAACAAACAAGUCGAAGAGGUUAUGAAGAUAUUACAUUUAGAAUCAGAACAUCAUUUAGCAAUGGGCAGAGAGUGGAAAGCCAAUUCCAUGGCGUGUAGUAGGAAAUGUAGCAAACAUCAUACUGCAAAAGACUCCUAUGGCUACGGGUAAAGCUGAGAGAAGCUCGGCUACUUCAGCUGAUGGUUUGGGGAAGAAACAGUUGACCACAUUAUGAUCAAACAUAACCACGGCUCCAAACACUAGAAGCGUCAUAAAGGCAUGUGCGAAGUCUAUAAACUGUAGUCUGUAGCUUUUGGAACGUUCUUUAGGAAGAACAGCUUUGCCAUCGAUUAUCCAGAGGCCGUUGGUCAUGGCGAAUCCAUAGCAAACAGUUCCAUUCAAGUCCCUGUAAGAGUCACUGAAGCUGAGUAUGAAGCAAGUGAAUGCGCAGAUGGAAACAAGCAUUUCUGUCAUGUAUCUGCUAGCGAAAUCGCAGCGUCCACCGUUAGUGAGAACUGGCGAUAAGACCUGGUACGCAAGAGCUGUCCCUGUGGGUAAAUGGUUAGCUAGAUGAGCUGUGGUCUUAAAUGUCUGACCUAUUGCCUUGUGUAUCCAGUUGUUCCUUUCGACUUCAGGAAACUCUUGAGCUUUCAAGAGUGGAGCUUUCUCUUCUUUGAUGGCGCCACCAGCACCAUUGACCCCAGCUUCUUCAUCAACCUUAGUCUCCAUGACACUCUCCAACUCUGUUUCUUUUUUUUUUCUUAGGUGCUUUGUUGUUUCUCUGUGUGAGCAAAUGUGCGAGUCUAAUAUAACAGUGGCUGCUUACUUAGUUAUGGAUAGCAAGGAAGCAAACCUAAGUGUCUGUUUAAGUGAAGUGUAAACUUUGCUUUUGUUGUCUAUUUACAAAGGAUUGUAGUUUUCAGUUUUGGUUUGCAUCAGUUAAUAUCUUUUUUCUAGGGUUGGUUAGAUUUAUGACUGUAAGGACCAUCUUAUCUUGAAGUGGAUGGCUUAAAGGGUACCUUACUA